AUGGCUAAGAACCAGCAAUGUGACCUCUAUUAUCAUGCCUUAGUGGCUAAUGGAUGGGUUGAAGAAGAACUGGAAAUGGUUCAAGAAGAGAAUCCAGAAGCAAGACUCAAAGAGUAUGUGGUAAUGGACUAUGAGAAUGGAAAAUCUAACAAGAAGUCAGAUAAAGGAGAAGACAUUAAAGAAACCACUAGUGAACCCCACCCUUCGGAGACCCGAUCGGACUGGCACACAGUGCAGGAGAGCACUACCUACCAUAUAUGUUCUCUCGAAAUAGAAGUAGCCAACCUUAAGCAACAACUAUUUGCGGCCGAAGCUAGGUCAGCUCGAGCAAGACAGAGGGAAGAUGUGAUCACUCAAGAGGCGAACAAAUUGGCCAAAAUUUUGGUGUUUCAGUUUGACAUUUGA